AUGCAUCACGCCCGCAGAAAGUCGGGCAACACGUCCAUGUCGGAAAAGACAGUCACUGCCUCCGACCCUUCUCGGUAUGGCAAACGCCCUUCGACCCUCACCCGCCGCCAGACACCUCAGAAGCUGGGCAAGAGCCCCAGGGACCGGGAACGAGAGCUGCAAGACUCGUGGGAUGAUCAACGGGAGAGCUUCCCUCAGUUCUGCAUGACUUGUGAAAAACAAUUUGUGCCCCAGGACGCCAAUUUCCUCUACUGCUCAGAAGCCUGCCGCAAACAUGACCAGCAAAGCGCAUCAACGGGCAGGAGUCACAGCCAGGCGCACAUGGGCAACUACCCCUUCUACGCCAUUGGCAACCCAGAGCCGAGGGACAUCGUACCUCGUGCGUCACCCUCGAGGCCGAACUCGAUGCACUUCUCUCCGCCCACGACACCGGGUACCACCACCAGCGGUGGCGGCCAGUACUCAUCGGCCGUCUCCGCGCUGAGGUCGCUCAGCAUCCGCCCUCCGAGCCCGCCAUCUCCCUCUACGUCUCACCCCAGCCUGUGGCCCUUCACCAAGAGUACUACCAACAGCCCCAGCACCUCGUACAACCGUGGCACCAACAGCUUCUUCCCUGCCACCUACGACGGAGGUUACGCCGCGAACGGGCACGCUUACAACUACAGCUCCAGCGGCAUGGACCGGCCGCUGCCGACGCGGAGGCCAACCGGGCCGGGCUACUCGAGGCCGAAAAGCAUCGAGUUGGUUACCCCCAUGGUGGGUCGCUAA